AUGAAAAAGUAACGAGUUAUUAAUAUAGUCUUGCUCGUAGGAUUGAGGAGUCUUGCUAUUCUUUAUCGAGGUGCAACGAGCGGCGAGUGCGGCUACCCGGGCGCCCCGGCCCACAGCUCGGUGCGCUUUAACGGCGGCGCGGACGACGUCGUGGACGAGGAGGACGGGCCGGCGAGCUCGCCCUUUCCAACCGGCACAGUGGCCACCUACGCCUGCGAGCGGGGCUUCGAGCUACUCGGGCCGGCCAGGCGACAGUGCCGGGAGGACGGGACAUGGAACCCCGAGGGAGUGCCCUUUUGCGUGUUGAACGUGGCGGCCGGCAAGGCUCCGAUGCAGUCCAGCCGGGCCGACAGUGGGAUUCCCCAGUUGGCGGUCGACGGUAGCAGCGCGCAGGCGUACACGCCCCAAACUUGCACCUUGACGACCCCCGAGCCGAGGCCAUGGUGGUACGUCAACCUCUUGGAGCCGUACAUGGUGCAACUGGUGCGACUCGACUUUGGAAAGUCCUGUUGUGGUGACGGACUGCCGGGAACGAUAGUGGUGCGAGUGGGCAACAACCGACCGGACUUGGGGACGAAUCCGAUCUGCAACCGGUUCACCGGUCCCCUCGAGGAGGGCCAGCCGCUCUUCCUGCCCUGCAACCCACCGAUGCCCGGCGCCUUCGUCUCGGUCCACCUGGAAGCCGCCUCGCAGACCCCCUUCCCCGUGCAGCUGUCCCUCUGCGAGGCCUUUGUCUACACCGAUCAGGCCCUGCCGAUCGAGCGUUGCCCGCAAUUCCGGGACCAGCCUCCAGGCUCGACGGCCACCUACAACGGCAAGUGCUACAUAUUCUACAACAGGCAGCCGCAGGCGUUCCGCGACGCCCUGGCCUUUUGCCGAGCCAGGGGCGGUUCCCUCGUGGACGAGAGCAACCCCGCCCUCCAAGGCUUCGUUUCCUGGGAGCUGUGGAGGCGACACAGGAGCGACACGUCGAGCCAGUACUGGAUGGGGGCGGUGCGCGACCCCAAGGACAGGACGGUCUGGCGGUGGACGGGCAGCGGUGACGAGAUAUCCGUGUCCUUCUGGAGUCUGCCCCAGGGCACCGAGGAGGACUGCGCGCGCUACGACGGCAGCCGCGGCUGGCUAUGGUCCGACACGCCCUGCACGGCACGGCUCAACUACAUCUGCCAGCACCAGCCGCGAGCUUGCGGGAGACCCGAGCAGCCACCGAACUCUACCAUGGUAGUAACCAACCCACCGAGUGACAAUAAAAACAACAACAACAACAACAACAACAGUCCAUCGCGGCAUUACCAGGUUGGGACGAGCGUCGAGUACGCCUGCGACACCGGGAGCCUCCUCAUCGGCCCGACGAGCCGCAAGUGCCUCGACACCGGCUUCUACGACGAGUUUCCCCCGGUUUGCAAGAGCAUAGAGUGCGGAUACCCGGCCAACAUUAAACACGGGGGCUACAGCCUCAUCAACAACACGGUCACGUACCUCAGCCAGGUGCUCUACACGUGCGAGGAGGGCUUCGAGAUGACCGGUCGAGCGAGACUGACGUGCGACAUAGACGAGCGGUGGAACGGUCCGCCGCCGCGUUGCGAGCCGAUCAGGUGCGAUCCCCCGGCGCUCGUGGCCCACAGCCAGAUCCAGAUCGACGAGAUCGACAUCGAGGACGUGACCGAGGCCGGCGGAUCCAAGCCAACCUCGAUCGGCAACUCGACCAACCGGAGCCUCUUUGUCGGCAGCAUCGUCACCUACACCUGCGACAAGGGCCACAAGCUCACCGGCAAUCGGCAGCUCCUCUGCCUACCGAGCGGCUCCUACGACCGGUCCGCCCCCACUUGCACUGAGGAGUCCCAGAGCACGGUGUCGCCGAGCGCGUCCAAACCGACGACCCGGACGUCGAACACGCGUGGCCGGCAGCCACCCUUCGUCCCGACGCGGGUGCGCACCACCGCCUCGACGCCCCAGGCGACCAGUCCACCGGCCACGACCACCACCACUCACCGCGUCCAGCCGACCCACCCGCGCAUCAACAAGCCCCAACAGCCCGAGCAGCCGGCCACCGUCCAGGAGACCGUUCACAAGAGGCCGAGCAUCGGACUCCAGAGGCCGGCGGCCCCGACCACCACCACGACGACCACCUCCGAGCGCAGCUCGCCGGUCCUGCUCAAGGACGAGGGUAGCGAUCACCCCCAGGACAACGAGAUCUCGGGCAGCGGGGUCGACAACGCGCACGCGGAGAUCGGCGCCGGGGUUCCAGAGCCCAACGGCCCGUACAGGAUCAACCGGGCCGACCAGCCAGCCUCCCAGCACGCCAGGCUCAACCUCACCGUGGUCGUCUUUCUGGGUGCCACGGUGGGUAUCGUCAUCCUCACCGUCAUCAUCGUUUCGAUCUUUAUGAUCGUUCGCAAGAACUGCAACAGCGGGAGCGGCAAGCACUACCGGCACCGCGCCUCCCCGGACUGCAACACCGUGGCGAGCUUCGACAGCGGCUCGUCGGGCAGCCGGGGCAACCUGAACCGCUACUACCGGCAAGCCUGGGAGAACCUCCACGAGUCGUCGGCGGGUACCAACUCGAAGCUCGGCUCCGGGGUGGCGAGCCACGCUCCCCUACGGCGCAAGGAGACCCUAGACGAGCCGGCCUACCGGGACAACUACACCGGGACGGGCCGCAACAACGGCACCUCCACCACCACCACGAACAUGGAGCGCGACGGCUCGGAGCUCGUCGUCAGCGACGCCUACGCGGCCAAGAGCAACAACGGCAGCGCCGACAACAAGAAGAGACACCACCACCACCACCACCACCACCACUCAUCAUCGGCCACCCCGUACCAGCCCUCGUACUACCGGUACUGAGCCGCACCCACCA